GGCACCAAUACCCCUCGACCUCGUGAAUAAAAUAUGCUCAAAACCCAAAUGUUGACUUUGCGAUUUUGCGGUCUGAAAUAAUAUGGAUCCAUCAGAGAUGAAGAUAUUGCUCGUGGUGGGCACAGGCGGUUUUACUCAUGCAGCCCCAGUAUUGGAGCUUGGUCGAAUAUUGCAUGCUCGAGGAUACCAGAUAGAGUUUGCUACUCAUCAAGGUCAAGAGAAAUGGGUUGAGUCACCCUACUAUUCAUUUAUCAAGAAAGUCUAUACUAUGGGUCCCGAUAUGGACCCUGAAUUCGAGGACCGUCACUAUCUGCAAAUGCAACAAUCAGACAUCCGCAAAGACAUGAAGCGUUCCUUUGCUGGAAAAGUCACUGUGGAUUUGUUCUGGAAAGAUGAUUAUGCGCAUCUCAAGAAUCAAGUCAUCCCGGAAUGUCGUCCCAAUUUCAUCGUGGCAGACUUUUUUGCGGAUGCCGUCAAGGAUAUAAACAUCCAGCUCGGGAUCCCAUUCUGCCACGUUUGGCCUCAGAUGCCCUAUGGAUUCUGUCCUAGUCCAUUCAUCCCUGGAAUGCCUGGAUUCCAGAUUGAUGCCCUCACGAGCGAACAUGCCUCGCUCUGGACGCGAUUGCGCGCCGCAUUCCGACCAAUUAGGGCACUUCCUGCCCUCAUCGACUGGAUGUGGCUUAUGCGACAGAUGAGGCGAACGUCCGGAGUUUACUACACAUUACCCAUGUUCAAAAAGCCAGAUUAUUUGAUUCUGGUCAAUUCAUUUUGGGGCCUCGAGACACCCAAAGAUCUUCCGCCGCUCGUGGCCGCAGUGGGUCCAGUCUUGCCUGAGGAAUAUCCUCCCUUGGACGAAGAACUUUUUGAAUUUUACAAGACCCACCGUAGAGUCGUCUAUGUAGCGUUUGGCACGCACAUUCGAAUCCUGCCUGUUGAUCUCACCAAGUUUAUGAAAGCCCUUUCGGCGUCUUUACAGGCUGGUCAUAUUGACGGGGUUGUCUGGGCCGCUAAUGCCGCGCAGAUGAAGCUUUUUGACCGAGAUGAAGAUUUGGUCGUCAGCAAAACCAAUUCCAAGGUAGGCGAGCUUCUCGACGGAAAGCAUCCGUCGUGGAAAUUUGUGCCCUUUGCGCCUCAGCGCGCCGUCUUGGACCACCCUCACACUGUCCUCUUCGUCACCCACGGUGGCGGCUCUUCCGCGAAUGAAGCUUUGUAUCAUGGCACAGCAAUGCUCGUACUCGGAUUCUAUUUUGAUCAGAUUUUAAAUGCUCUCCGCCUUACCGAAGCAGAAGUGGCACUCGCUCUGGACAAGGCCGAUUUCAGUCUGAAUGAGUUACGGGCAAAGCUUACGCAACUCCUGCUUGACCAUGACGGUUCCGUGACACGUAAUGUGUUGCGCAUGCAGAAGAUUGCACAAGUAUCCUCCCGCAAGAAGGAAUAUGGCGCUGACCUCAUCGAGGAGACGCUGUGGGACCACCACUAUAGUCUUCGAGAAGAUGAUUCUUCUCGCAAGAUGAGAUCGCGGCCCAUGCACUUACAGACUGCCGAUAUGCGUAUGUCUUGGUGGAAAGCGAACAAUUGGGAUCUGACUUUUGUAGGUGUUUUAGGUGCUGCAGCUGUUGUGGGCUUGGGGGGUGCUGUCCGGACGCUGUCAGUCUCUGGAAAGCUUCACUCAAUAUGUUGACUCUAGUUGUGAAUAGAUGUACAUUAUUGUUUGUAUUUUAUACCAUUUAUUGUUCCAUGUACAUAAAUAUAAUACCCAGGAAAUAACUUAAACAAAUAAUUCUAAUGAGCUCAGAAUC